UCAACCAAAUCAUGUCUGGACGCGGCAAAACCGGCGGCAAGGCUAGAGCCAAGGCUAAGACCCGAUCAUCCCGGGCUGGGCUUCAGUUCCCGGUGGGUCGUGUCCACAGGCUGCUCCGCAAAGGCAACUACGGCGAGCGUAUCGGUGCCGGCGCUCCCGUCUACCUGGCGGCAGUGCUCGAGUACUUGACUGCUGAAAUCUUGGAGUUAGCCGGCAACGCAGCUCGCGACAAUAAGAAAACUAGGAUCAUCCCCCGCCAUUUGCAGCUCGCCGUCCGCAACGACGAGGAGCUCAACAAACUCCUUGGCGGAGUGACUAUCGCCCAGGGCGGUGUCCUGCCCAACAUCCAGGCUGUCCUUCUGCCCAAGAAGACCGAGAAGGCUGCCAAGAAGUAAUGCUAUUGCCUGCACGAAAACACCCCACAACGGCUCUUUUAAGAGCCACC